AUGGAUAAAGAGAAGGAAGAGCCCGCUCUAUCGUGGACAUCAUUUUCACAUCCGGACCUCCACUUAGACAGCAUCUUCGUUGAUCCAGGCACGAGACGAAUAACACGUAUUAUUGAUUGGCAAUCAGCAUCAGUAUUUGAGGCUUAUUUUCAGCACUGCAUCCCACGUAUAUUGGCUCCUGUUUGGCGCAAUUCUAGCGAAACUGAGUCUGACAUAUCGACUCAACGACAUCAAGCCAAGGAGAGAGAAAUUGCCAGCCAUUAUCAACGUUUCAGCAAACUCAACAAUCCGAACAGAUGGGCGGCAUCGAAACUUCCGUUGCGCUCACUUACCACAGAACCUACAUCUGUACUCUGUGGGGCUUCGGACAAGGACGAUGUAUAUUCCUUACAGACCGCCUUGAUACAUAUAGCUGUACGGUGGGAUGAAAUUGGCUCGAAGCCUGGGCCCUGUCCAAUCAGGUUUUUAGAGCGCGAAUUGGAGUUUCACAGCAACGAAAUGGAUCUUGUGCAAGGUCUAGCGAAUGUGUUACACGAGCUUCAUGAUAAGGGCCUAAUACCAUUAGGCGGCAUGCUUUAUCGAGAGAAUUACGAGCGGGCUGCGCCUAUUAACAAAGAACAUAUAGAAGAGUUUGUUAACACGAUGGAAACGGAGGAGUAG